AUGUCGCAAAUCAUUAGUGCCCAAGUUGGCCAAUGUGGGAAUCAAAUUGGAACUAAGUUCUGGGAAAUAAUCUCGGGUGAGCACGGUAUCGAGCCUAACGGCACUUAUAAUGGUGACUCGCCGUUGCAAUUGGAGCAUAUCGAUGUAUAUUUCAAAGAAGUGGAAGGCAAAAAAUACGUACCACGUGCAGUAUUGGUCGAUCUGGAGCCAGCAACCAUGAAUUUGGUGCGUUUAUCCACCUAUGGAAACCUUUUCCAACCGGAUAACUUUCUGUUCGGUAAAAUUGGUGUCGGGAACAACUUUGCCAGAGGGUAUUACACCGAUGGAAUGGAUUUCAUCGACGAUGUUAUGAAUAAUAUUCGAAAGGAAGCGGAAAUGUGCGAUAGCUUAAUGGGUUUCCAUCUGACUCAUUCCUUGGGAGGUGGUACAGGUUCUGGACUGGGAGCGCUUAUGAUCAUGAAGAUACGUGAACAAUAUCCGAAUCGCAUGGUGACAUCAUUUUCCGUAUUCCCGACGCCGAAAGCAUCGGAUGUUAUCGUGGAACCAUACAACGCAACACUGGCUACACGUCAUCUCAUUGAAAAUGUAGACGGGACAUUUUGCAUCGAUAAUACUGCACUUCGUGAUAUUUCAUUGCAUACGUUGAAACUUGCCAGUCCAGCUUAUGAUGAUUUCAACCAUAUAGCUUCGAUGGCGAUGUCCGGAGUGACCAGCUUCUUUCGAUUUCCCGGACAAUUGAAUACUGACUUGCAUGAACUAGCCGUUAACAUGAUUCCGCUCCCGAGCCUUCAUUUUUUGAUGUUUGGUUCGGCUCCGCUGAUUGCUCGCAAUACCGCUGCACCAACGCCACUCAAAAUCAGUCAAUUGAUCCAACAGUCAUUUGACAAGCGUAACAUUAUAACCGCCUGUGAUCCAAAAAAUGGUCGUUAUUUGACUGCUGCUGCAAUGUUCCGUGGACAAUUAUCGGUGGAUGAGGUGGAAAGUCAAAUUUCAACUAUUCGAAAAACAUUGACACCUGAAUGGUUGCCAAAUAACAUCAAAUUAGCUACCUGCGAAAUCCCCACACGCGGAACCAUCCUCAGUGCUGCUCCUCUCUUUAAUAACACAGCAAUUCAGGAGAUAUUAGCUAAUAUUCGACAGUCCUUCUCAGCGAUGUUUCGACGCAAAGCCUUUCUACAUUGGUAUACAGGCGAAGGAAUGGAAGAACAGGAAUUUAAGGAUGCAAACAACAUUUUGAAGGACACAAUUACGGAAUAUCAAAAAUAUGAAGAAAUGCAGGAUGAUAAGGCUGAAAAUGUGGUGAUCGGCGAUAAGAUACAAGCAGCUAAUGAUGGUACGGAACAGUAG